AUGGUCCGUGAGGAGGAUGAGCAGAGGAAUUGCGUGUGCAGGAACUGAGCCACAGGCCAUCCCUUCCAGGCCCUGACUUCUGAGGACUGCAAGGGUUUCUUCAGGCAAACAGUCUGCAAAAGCACAGGUCUCACGUGCCCCUUUGCUGGAAGCUGGAAGGUCAACAGCCCAGCCUGCAGGUUGCAGAAGUGCCUAGAUGCUGGCAUGAAGAAGGACAGCACAAUGAUCGCAUCGGCAGAAGCCCGGGCGUUGCGGUAAGCAAGACAGGCCCAGCGGCGGGCACAGCAAGCAUCGAGGCCUGAGGAGAAAGAGCUAGUCCAGACACUGCUGGGGGCCCAAACUCGCCACGUGGGUGCCAUGUUUGACCCGUUUGUUCAGUUCAGGCCUCCAGCUCAUCUGUUCCUCCAUCACCCACUGUCCACCCAGUUCCCUGCACUGCCUCUGCUCACACAUUUCGCAGACAUCAACACUUUCAUGGUACAGCAAAUCAUCAGGCUCACCAAGGACCUGCCCCUUUCGGUAUGUUUCCUGCUCUGGCCCAUGGAGGACCAGAUCUCCCUUCUCAAGGAAGCAGCUGUAGAAUGUCACAUUGCACUCAAUGCCACUUUGUGUCUCCAAACACAAAACUUCCUCUGCGGGCUUCUUUGCUACACAGUAGAAGAUGGACCCGUGUCCCUGGAACCCACCGUGGGGUUCCAGGAAGUUUUUGGAGUUCUCUUCGGCUUCCAUAGGACACUGCACCAACUGCAGCUCCAGGAGCCUGAGUAUGUGUUCGUGGCUGCCAUGGCCCUCUUCUCUCCCGCUCCCUAUCUUACAGACCGGCCUGGGAUAACCCAGAGAGAGGGGACUGAUCAGUUGCAAGAGGAGACAGCGCUGACUCUGCAGAGCUAUAUCAAAGGCCAGCAGCAAAAUCCCCGGGACCGGUUUCUAUAUGCGAAGCUGCUGGGCCGGUUGGCUGAUCUCCGAAGCAUUAACAACGCAUGUUGGUACCAAAUCGAGACCAUCCAGGGACUGUCCACCAUGGUGCCACUGCUCCAGGAGACCUGCAGCUGA